ACACAGUAGCCGCACAAGCAGCGAGCUGAGCUGAGGGAUCUAUUGUUCCUCUAGCUUUUUUAUUUUUUCUGCUCCACUCAGACCUCAUUCUUCUCCACUGACACAGAGAACACAGUGAAGAAGAAAUAAAAGGAGGGAAAAUAGAGGAGUAAGUGGAGAAAGAUAGAGACAAGUGGAUUACCCUUUCCUGGAGGAACCGCGUACAGAAGAGUGAGAGGGACAAUAGCAGGCACACUUUCCCCUGUGCCGCAUCUUCUCGUGCAUACAUCUCCUGCUGAGUGUGUGUGUAUCGUGCGGGUCUGUUUGGCCAGACUUGAUCCGUGUGGAUCUAUCUGGCCGUGCUGAAGCCAUGGGGCUGGCCAGCAGGGCAGCAGGAAGAGGGGGCACUUCAGCAUGGGCUCUUGCCACCCUCUUCAGAGUAGCUCUGCUCUUUUUUGGGCUAUGGGAUGUCCAGACGCAAACAGUCGCCAACACAAAAUCCACCUACAUCUGGCAAACAGGGCCAUGGGGUAGGUGCAUGGGCAGCGAGUGUGGUCCAGGUGGAAGUCAAAGCCGAGCAGUUUGGUGUGCCCAUUCCGAGGGCUGGACCACAUUACACACCAACUGCCAGCAAUCGGAGCGGCCCAGCAACCAACAGAGCUGCUUCCGGGUGUGCGAUUGGCACAAAGAGCUAUACGACUGGCAGCUAGGGGCCUGGAACCAGUGUGUGCCGGUGUCUAUGCGCAGUGCGGGAGUGCCAAGGCCAGCGGUGUGCACUCGGGGCGAAGAGGGCAUCCAGACGCGGGAAGUGGGCUGCGUGCACAAGUCGGAUGGCGUUCCUGCGGAAGAUGCCAUCUGCGAGUACUUUGAGCCCAAGCCACGGUUAGAGCAGGCCUGCCUUAUCCCGUGCCCACGCGACUGCGUGGUGUCCGAAUUCUCCCCAUGGACGUCCUGCUCCAAGAGUUGUGGGAUGGGUCUGCAGAACCGCUUGCGUUGGGUUUUAGCCCCACCACUUUUUGGCGGUUCGGCUUGCCCCAACCUCACAGAGUUCCGCACCUGCCAGCCGGACCCCUGCGAGGGUGAGGAGAGCCUGUACAGCAUGAGGGUGGGACCUUGGGGCCCCUGCAUCGCUUCACCUAUACGACACGCCCGGGAAACCCGAGAAGGUAGAGAGUUGAAACCAGAACGUAAGGCAAAAAGGGACCGGCAGGCCAGGCAGGAGCGUCAGGGCAAGCGGCGCAAAAACAAAGAGAAAAAGGAGGUGAAGGAAAACAAAGGAGAACGUGUGAGGGACAGGGUCAGGGUGAAGGGAAGGAUGAGGGACCCUGAGACUCGAGAGCUCAUCAAAAAGAAGAGGACGAGGAAUCGGCAGAAUCGCCAGGGCUUGAAGUCCUGGGACCUGCAGGUGGGCUACCAGACCCGGGAGGUGACGUGUGUUCACCGAAGCGGAAGCAUAACGGCGCUCAGCCAUUGUAACCAGCAGACUCUUCCUGUGACAUAUCAAGCCUGUGUUAUCCCAAAGGACUGUGAAGUGACCGAGUGGUUGGACUGGUCUGCCUGCUCAAAGGAGUGCUAUGAUCUGAAUGGGCGUAAGGGACAGAGGACACGCAUGCGUCAGGUGAAGCAGUUCUCAGUGGGUGGAGGAGCCGAGUGUCCUGAGCUGGAGGAGAGUGAACCGUGUUCUCCUCAAGGAGAAGGAAUCCCGCCAUGUAUAGUGUAUAAUUGGCGAACCACAGAGUGGAGUGACUGCAGGGUGGACGUGCUCCUCAGCCAACAGGACCGUCGCCGGAGCAACCAGACAGGGCUCUGUGGAGGCGGGGUUCAAACCAGGGAGGUCUACUGUGUUCAAGCCCCCACUGAAACCUCAUCUAACCUCAGCUCCCUCAAGAACAAAGACGCCUUGCGGCCAGUGAACAGUGACCUGUGUCUGGGCGUUUCUCCUAACACCACCCAGCUCUGCCAUAUUCCCUGUCCUGUGGAGUGUGAUGUGUCCUCCUGGAGCGCAUGGGGGCCCUGCACCUUUGAAAACUGCCAGGAUCAGUCCACAAAGAAAGGUUUCAAACUGAGGAAAAGGAAAAUUAUGAAUGAGCCCACAGGUGGCACAGGAAAUUGCCCCCACCUGACGGAGGCAAUUCCCUGUGAGGAGCCCAGUUGCUAUGAAUGGCUGCUGGUGAAGCUGGAGGAAUGUGUGCCUGACAAUGACAAAGCAUGUGGACCGGGAACCCAGAACCCACAAGUACAGUGCGUCAACAGUGAUGGUGAAUACGUGGACAGGCAGCUGUGCCGGGAUGCCAUUCUUCCCAUGCCUAUGCUGUGUGAGGUGCCCUGCCCCAAAGACUGUGUGCUCAGUCCCUGGACUUCAUGGUCUCUGUGCUCCAAUACCUGCUCAGGGAAGAACUCAGAGGGCAAGCAGACCAGAUCACGCUCCAUUCUGGCCUACAACGCUGGGGACGGGCCAUUACUGUGGCUGUGCUGCUCACGGUGUCCAGAGAGUCUGCGUCCAGAUACUGUAAGACCAUGUCUUUUGCCCUGCAAGAGAGACUGCAUUGUCACUCCGUACAGUGAUUGGACACCCUGCCCUUCCACCUGCCAGACAGGUGGUGCUGUCAAAAAGAAGCAAUCAAGGAAGCGCAUUAUCAUUCAGCUUCCAGUUAACGGGGGCCAAGACUGUCCAGAAGUGCUCUUCCAGGAGAAGGAAUGUGAUGCCUCAGUUGUUUGUUCAGGCUACAGGUGGAAAACCCACAAGUGGCGCAGGUGUCAGCUUGUGCCCUGGGCCAUUCGUCAGGACAGUCCUGGAGCACAAGAGACAUGUGGACCAGGACUACAGGCUAGAGCCGUAUCAUGUAAGAAGUUGGAUGGUGGACCUGCAGACGUUGCGGCCUGUCUUAAGUUUGCGGGUCCUAUGCCUCAACUCACUCAGUCCUGCCAGCUUCCAUGUCAGGAUGACUGCCAGCUGACUACCUGGUCCAAAUUCUCAUCCUGCGCUGCUGAUUGUGUGGGUGUCCGAACUAGGAAAAGGACCCUUGUUGGUAAAAGCAAAAAGAGAGAACAAUGUAAAAACACACAGAUGUAUCCUCUGAGUGAAACCCAGUACUGCCCCUGCAACAAGUACAAUGCCCAGCCCGUGGGGAACUGGUCCGACUGCAUCCUGCCCGAGGGUGGGCGAGUAGAGGGCCUUUUGGGUAUGAAAGUGCAAGGUGAUAUCAAGGAGUGUGGCCAGGGUUACCGGUUUCAAGCCAUGGUGUGCUACGACCAGGACAACCGCCUCGUGGAGACGUCACGUUGCAACAGUCACGGUUACAUAGAGGAAGCGUGUAUCAUUCCAUGUCCAUCUGACUGUAAGCUCAGCGAGUGGUCAAACUGGUCCCGUUGCAGUAAGUCCUGUGGCAGUGGAGUCAAAGUACGGUCCAAGUGGCUUCGGGAGAAACCUUAUAACGGUGGCAGACCCUGCCCCAAACUGGACCAUGUUAAUCAGGCUCAGGUGUAUGAAGUGGUACCCUGUCUGAGUGACUGCAGUCAGUAUGUCUGGGUGGCUGAGCCGUGGAGUGUCUGGAAGGUCAGUAAUGUUGAUCUGAAGGAGAACUGCGGGGAAGGUGUACAGACGAGGAAAGUUAGGUGCAUGCAAAACACUGUUGAUGGACCUUCAGACCCUGUAGAAGACUAUCUCUGUGAUCCAGAGGAGAUGCCGCUUGGAGCCCGAGAGAGCAAGUUGCCCUGUCCUGGGGACUGCGUUUUGACUGACUGGGGCCCUUGGAGUCGAUGCCUAUUGCCAUGCAAUGUCAAUAGUACAAGACAGAGGACUGCCAGCCCUAUACGUCAGCCUGGGGAAAGGAAACAGUGUCCUUCAACUACAGAGAAAGAAAUAUGCACCCUGAACACCAACUGCUUCCAUUACUCCUAUAAUAUUACAGACUGGAGCACAUGUCAGCUGAGGGAACGAGCCGUAUGCGGGGUUGGAUUCAAGACACGUAUGCUGGACUGUGUUCGCAGUGACGGCAAGUCUGUGGACCUGAAGUUUUGCGAGGAGCCUGGUCUUGAGAAAAAAUGGCAGAUGAAUGCUUCCUGUGUGGUCGAGUGCCCUGUCAACUGCCAGCUGUCUGAUUGGUCGUCCUGGUCUGAAUGCUCUCACACCUGUGGUCUUGCAGGGAAGCUCUGGAGAAGGAGAACUGUAAUCCAGGCCUCUCAGGGUGAUGGACGGCCAUGUUCCUCACAGCUGGAACAGUGGAAGCCCUGUCCUGUUAAACCCUGCUACAGCUGGAGAUACAGCGCCUGGUCUCCAUGCAGAUCUGAGGGUGCACGGUGUGGAGAGGGCCUGCGCUUCAGGAACGUGUCCUGCUUUGUGUCCGAUGGCUCGGGGAAGGAUCCGGGCAGUAUGGUGGAUGAGGAACUGUGCGGAGACCUGGAGCAGACAGUGGAUGAGGACAAACAGAUCAUCCUGCAAGAGUCCUGCACGGUGCCCUGCCCAGGUGAGUGUUACCUGACAGACUGGACUGUGUGGAGCCCGUGUCAGCUGAGCUGUAUCAGCGGGGACGAUCUGGGCUUCGGUUCGAUGCAGGUGCGUUCUCGUGCUGUUCUAGCUCAGGAACCCGAGAACCUUCUUCAGUGCCCAGAACAGGAAUGGGAAGCCAGGCCAUGUACAGAGGGCCAGUGUUAUGAGUACAAAUGGAUGACCGGUCCAUGGAAAGGCUCGUCUCGACAAGUCUGGUGCCAGCGCUCUGAUGGAUUGAAUGUCACAGGUGGAUGCCUGUUGACAAGCGAGCCGGUAUCUGACAGGUCAUGUGACCCAGCCUGCGUCAAACCUCGCACCUACUGCACUGAGGCUGGUGUAUGCGGCUGUGAGGAGGGUUACACUGAGGUGAUGACGUCUGAUGGAAUGCUGGACCAGUGCACGGUCAUACCAGUGCUUGAGAUCCCCACCGCAGGAGACAGUAAGGCUGACGUGAAGACGAUCAUAGCCCUCAACCCCACUCAGCCCUCCGCCAACCUGCCAGGCCGCUCCGGACGCACCUGGUUCCUGCAGCCCUUCGGACCCGAUGGCAAACUGAAGACCUGGGUGUAUGGUGUGGCAGCUGGAGCUUUUGUACUGCUAGUGUUCAUUGUCUCUAUGACUUACUUAGCCUGCAAAAAGCCAAAGAAGCCCCAGAGAAGACAGAUGAACAACAGACUCAAGCCUCUGACGCUGGCUUACGAUGGCGAUGCUGACAUGUAGCCUAACCACGUUUGCUUUGUACUACAGAUACUCGCCUCCUUUCACAGUCGGCCAUCGGUACAAGCCUCGAACUAGGAGACUCGCACAAACUCACCGACUGCUUUUUAUAAAACGCUAAUGGAACCUCAGAGAGAGACUCGAUCCAUGUUUAUAUAAUGUUUCUCCCCCCUCCUUUUUUACGUUCAAGUUUUUUUUUUUUGUUUUUUUACUUUAUUUCACGAGAGCCUUCAUAAACUCGUCAAAAAUCUUCGUCGGGAAGUCUGCCUUCACCUCUCUGCCAUUGACAUCUUUCUGUAACAUAGACUUGUCUUUCGGGAGGAAAGUUGCAGGACCCUUUUUAAAUUGGGAAGUUUUUUGCUGAGAAAGCACAAAAUAUGCCCGUCUCCUGUUUAGUCGCCCUUCUUGUCAGCUCUUGCAAUAUGUACAUUGUCUGUGGCUGUUGGGAGGUCGCAUGUUCAUACAACCAAAAUACACCAUUAACUUGCUAGUCGAAUUUUCAGCCCUGAAACAUUCUUUGAUUUCUGUCGGAUCCUUCUUCGCAUCAAUAUUAUGUGAUCAGAAGGAUUAAAGACUGCAGAUUGAAUGGGCUCACUAGCGCCCCCUAUAUAAACUCUGGCCUGCCUUUCCUCCUUUCUGUAUUCAGGCUCCAUUUUGCACUAUAUUAGUGCAGCAUGAACAUUUACUUAUAGCAUUGCCAUAGAAAACUGCCUCUCGCAAAGCAAGAUGAUGUACAGUCUUGUGCUAGACACAUUUCUUACAAAAAAAAAAAAAAAAA